CAGCUCACCAGCAACCACCCGCCCGCGUCUUGUCAUCUCAGCUCCUUCCUUGUAUGUGGCUGGAAACACCUGGGCAGUGCAUGCCCUACUCUGCAACAGCCACAGUGAGGGAGUUACUGAGGUAACCGAGUCAGGCCUCACCUGGAUGGUUGAACAGUGGAGACGGACGGCGUGACUGCAGAUAAACCCCCCGACCCUCGCCCCGCUCGAUUCCUUCUCCACUCCAACACACUCCACGGCGAAGAAAAUAUAGCCAGAUAGAAAGUUGCACCAUGGCCUCAACCGACAACCUGGAAGAGUCUCUCGAGCGCGAACUCACCUGCUCCAUUUGCACCGACCUCCUCUUCGACCCGAUCACGUACCUCGACUGCCUCCACACGAACUGCGGCGCGUGCUCGCGGAGCUGGUUCAGCUCGCAAGCAACCGGCCGCAAUCCCCGGCCCACAUGUCCGAUCUGCCGCGAACCCGUGCGCGAAACCCGCCCCAGCGUCGCGUUCGCGAAUCUGCUCGAGAACUACCUCAGCAGGAACCCGGAGAAGCGGCGGUCGAAGGAGGAGGUUGAUGUUGCGCGGGGGAUGCAUAAACCCGGGGAUAAGGUGGUGACGGAGGGCGUUGUUGUUACCACGUCGGGAGCAGCAGCGGCGGCGGCACCAACACAUCAGCCGAGAUUUACAUCGCCACCGAUGCCGCCAACUCCUCCUCGUCCAAAUGCGGGAUCUUCGGAUUGGGCAUUGAACCAACCCUCGGCCCGGGGCCCGGAGAUACCACGGCCCGCUCCCCCACCGCACUGGGGCUUCUCCCCGAGCACCUGGGCAAGGCAACGGCUUCCAUCCACUAAUCCCGACCUCUCGGACAUAGCCAUCAGCUUCGGCGCACUUUCCCUCAACCCGGCAGUCUCCCACUUCCUUUCGCAAGAGGGCCAACAGAGUCAACAGGGCCAGAUGAGCCCGGUGGGCCAGCAGAGCAGGAUGGACCAACAGCACCAGAUGGACCAGCACAGCAUUAUGGCCAAUCUCCGACCGCGCCCCUCGGGGGAAGCACACUGGGCCCGCCGUGUCCCGGGUGCGGCCAACACCGUCGCGGAAGUCAUCUCCUCGACCGGGUGUCGCGCGCGUAUCGCCUGCGACUCCUGCUCGAAAAUCAUGGACACAGCGCUCCACUACGAGUGCAACAGCUGCCAGCCCUACCACCUCUGUUCCUUCUGCUACAACCGCGGCAAGCGGUGUCCAGCACGGCACGCAAUGCAGCCACAGAAGCAGGUGAUCGCCGGCGCAAUCCCGCACCUCGAAGUCGGCCUAUUCUGCAGCAUCUGCGACGAGUGGCUCGACGAGCCGCGGAACACGCGGACGGAGAACAUCGCCCACUCCUUCUUCUGGGUGUGCAACGGCGACUGCAACGACGGAGACUGGCACUACUGCCUCCGCUGCGUCCGCCGCGGGAACUGCUGCGACCACGAACUCUGCCUCUACACCAACAACUGCCCCACCGAGAGCACAACAUCCAUCGUCCGCGGGAACGCCGACAACGCGAACAGCAACCGCACGCUGGAGCAGCGGGGGUACGCCCGGUGGCGCGAGCACACCGCGCGCUGCGACAUCUGCCACCGGAAUGUACUCGACCGCCCGGCCUCCGCAUGGUUCCACUGCACCGAGUGCGCAGACGGACAAUACGACGCGUGCACCAACUGCGUCGAGAACCGCGGCGACAUCCUGCCGGGGUACGGACUGUGUCAGCGCGGGCACAACAUGCACAUCCUGACGCUCGGCGACUCCGGGCCCGGCGCGGUCCGCAUCCUGGAUCGGCCGGAGCACCCGCCGCCGGAAAUAUGCGAUGUCGCUGCGGGCGAACCCCGUACCGCUGUCGCUAUCGAGCCGAAUUGGUCUGACGCGGGGGAGGAGCUGCAGUUUCCGGCGGGCGCGGAGAUCCGCGGUACGAGGAUUGCGUUCGAGGCGCCCGGUGAGACACCGGGUCGCAUGGCUGAGUGGUAUUGGGGCACCUAUUGUGGUAGGGGCGGGAUGUUUGAGGGGAGUACGGUCAUUUUCACAUGAUCGGCGGGUGGCAUGCGGGAAGUUGGGGCGGGCGUGAAUUUGUAUUGGUGCCUGGUGUCGGGAUCUUUGUUGAUUUCUUCUUUGCUUUUCUGUUUGUUUUGGGAUUGGACGGAUUGGGGCAUACCACCAGUUUGAUUUUCUUGUUUGUUUGACGACGACGAUGAUCGAUAUCCAGAAGUUGAUGCAUCACACCGCCCCCUAAAUCGAAGGGGUGCGGUGAGUUCAGAGUACCUAGAACUCUACAUUGACGCAAUCCUUUUUCCCCACGGGGUAAAAACUCAAGAGUACUGAG